CCUCGAUUGAGCACACAUCUCCGCACUUUCCUCUUGGGCCGAGUUACAUCCCCCAAGCUUCAAAAAUCUGCAGAACACACCACGUCACACCAAUAUCAUCUAUCAUCAGGACACGAGCACCUUGAACUAAAACCGCCAUCGCUCCGUCAUGGGCCAUUCUUACCCCAAAAAGCCGAGCACCACGGCUCGCACACCGCCCCAAUGGCAGGACGAGAUCCGCCACAAGUACUGCAACGCUCUCGACGUCGGCCGCGCGGGCAAGCCCAACAAGGUCCACCGCUGCUCCGCCUGCUUGGCCGUCAAGUCCCGCCUGAGCCGGUACCGCGACGGCAAGCAGGAUUGCAAGGCCGCCCGCCGCGAGAAGAUGAGCUGGCACCUGGGCGCCGGCGGGGAUGAGACGGAUUGACCUAAUAACCAAGACCAGAAUGUGUCGCUUUGUCACAGUCUGCAGCUCCAGGCCUAGGCCUAGGCCAAUCCAAGAACACCUCGACGAGAAGGACGUCAACCGAUGCUUAUAGAGAGAGAGAGAGAGGAGCAGGUAGCGCAUUGGGAGUGAGGGUACAAUGGGAAAGGGCAUGUCAGCCAGUUCAUGCUUCGGUCCAAGGAAAGCAUAAACGGGAGCUCUUGGGGAAUAAUAAUAGAAACAUUUGUUCCACUG